GUCUUGCACCAAGUUCUCCAUGGCGAACAAAGGAAAGCUGCCAGGAGCAGCGUUCAAAGCCAUAGAAGGAUCUCUGCUAGUGGUCUCGCGCUUUCGUUGGAGGUUGGUCAAGAAGAAGAAGGCUUUUUGCAGACAUUGAAAUGGUCAAUCGAGGCACGUGUUCCAGGGGUUCACGGGCCGCCUGCAGGAACCGGCGGCACGGGCAAUGCUGGGGAGGAAGAUUCCGAUAGUCAAGACGGAGAUGCCCGUGCCAAGGAAGGUGCGUAUGCAGGUGCUGCUGAGACGGCCAGCAUGCGGUCCUUCGAGACGGGACUUUCGGACCAGGAGAGGCUAGAGGAGUAUCCGAAGCGGCAAUGUCGAAUCAUUUCGCCGAAAAAUCCUUGGAAAAUUUGCUGGGACGUCUUCGUUGGCAUACUGAUCAUAUACACGAUCAUCGCGAUGACUUGGCGAAUUGGAUUUGACCAGGCGGCUGAAGGAGGAGCACGGAUCUUCGACUACGCUGUCGAUGCUGUCUUCGCCGUUGACACGGUUCUUUGCUUUCGCACGGGCUUCUAUGCAGAGUCUGCUGAGGACACCCUGAUCACCGAUGCCUGGGAGAUUGCCAAGCGGUACUGCAUGUCCUACUUCCUCUUCGAUCUUCUUUCGUGGCUUCCUAUAGAUUUGCUGGUACAGGUCAUCACCGGGCACAGCGGUGCAGAGAUGAAGUCGGUGAAGCUUAUGAAGUUCGUCAGACUGAUCCGGCUUGCCAAGCUCAUGCGGCUUUUCAAGCUCGGCAGGUUUCUGGCCAUCCUCGAGGAGCAGCUGCACCUUAAACCCGCGAUGAUUCGCAUGGUGAGGCUCAUCUUGAACAUCGUCUUCCUGGCACAUCUCCUGGCCUGCAUGUGGCACUUCAUCGCGCUUCCUGCCUGCGGGGAGUCAGAGGAUAUGUCUUCGAUCGGCCCCUGCUCAGACAGGUUUGAUGAUGGGUACAUCAGUCCCAACUGGAUCAGGGUCUACAACGUGGAUCAGUUUGGACUGGUCUCCAAGUACAUCGCCUCCUUCCACUUCAUCACCGCCACUAUGAUGGCAGUCGGAUACGGUGAUAUCUGGGCGAAGAACACGGAUGAGCGACUCUUCUGCAUCGUUCUUCAGCUCUUUGGCGCGACGGCCUUCGGCUUCAUACUCUCCUCAGUCACAUCUCUGCUGGAGUCUGCGAACCCUCGCUCGAACGAGACCAACAAGCGCUUGAAUGAAAUCAAGGAGUGGUGCACGGGUCGAAGAAUGCCUCGCCAUUUGAGGGCAGCCAUUCGAGAACACACCCAGUACGUUCUUCACAAGAAGUCCAUCUUCAAUGAGGCGGACAUUCUUGGCAACAUGCCCAUGAGCAUCAGGAUGGACAUUAUCCAAAACUCAUACUCUGAGUGGCUGCGUACUCUGGAAAGACCCUUCCAUGAGGAGGACUUGGCCUUCAGGAUAGAGCUUGUUCAGAUGAUGAUGCCUCAACAUGUCUUGCAGAAUGAGGUGAUCAUUGAAGAGGGAGAAGUCACAGCAGAGGUCUAUGUCGUGAAUCAUGGCUGCCUGGAGGCAGUGUGUGAUGGCGAUCGCCAAGACAUUGCGCAGCUGAAGACGUGGGUUCAGCAGUGCUUGAAGCGGAGCGCAUUGGGUGAAGUCCUGAUGGAGCAGGAAUUUGAGGAUGGCACCCUGAUCCGACCUUCUGCAUCUGAGGUCCUAUGUGGAAUUUAUCAAAGCGCAGAUGUUGUUGGUCAGAUCGCAGCCCUCCCCGUUCUGGUCCGCGGUUUUAGCAGUCGUACCGAUGUGCUGACCAUCAACAAGGAUGCGCUGGCAGAUGUUCAGCUUCGAUUUCCAGGUGCUAUGGCUCGUGCAGAGACCAACGAGGAGAAGCUGAAGCACGAGAUGGUAAAGGUGCUCGGGUCCGAACUGAGGGUGAGUCACUGCGAUGAGCGCGAAGCGAAGUCUCUGGUUUUGAUUCACGGUGUCGCCAGCAGUGCAGACGACCUACCUCCUGUGGUGCUAAGCACAGAUCGGGCGACUCCGAUUCCGGCAGCUCUCCUGCGAGUACCCAGCGGGGAUACAAGGGACGACACCUCCGAGCCCAGUCCGCGAAAGAUUCGCUCACUUGAUCCAGCAUCGUCUCCAUCGAGUCCUUCUCCACGUGGUGCCCGACCCAGGAUCGACACAACGAGGACUUUGGGGAGUCUGUCGUCUGCAGGCACCAAAACAACGUCCAGAAGCUCCUCACAUCCUGUCCUGCUUUCCACGAGAAGGAUGGACCCCAACACAGGGGUGGUCGAGUCGGUCGAAGAGACGGAGGCCUGCCUGCUGCAACGGUACAUCGUUCCGCCCGAUUAUCGGUGGAAGCUUCGAUGGGAUAUCUUGGUUGGAAUACUCAUCAUCUACAGUGUCCUCAUCAUUCCGUGGCAAAUCUCCUUUGAUAUCCAUCCUGGACCGCUGGCCACAGCAGUUGACAUCUUUGUUGACAUCAUCUUCAGCUUCGAUCUGGCUUUGUGCUUUCGCACUGCUUUUGUGGAUGCUGAUGGAACCAUCGACACCGUCGGAUGGCACAUAGCAGGCCGGUAUAUGAGGACCUGGUUCACUCCCGACUUCCUCUCGACGUUUCCCGUGGAUCGUUUCGUUGAGGCCAUGACUGGUGGCGGCGGUGCCGAAGCUCGUGCCCUGAAGAUGAUUCGAAUGGUGCGCCUCAUGCGACUUCUGAAGCUAGCACGAAUGCUGAAGAUGGGACGGCUUAUCCAGAGAGUUGAGGACCUCCUUGACCUUUCGCACCUCACGCUGAAGUGUCUGAACUUGGGGGCCAAGCUCACCGUGAUGUCGCACUUCCUUGGCUGUUUCUGGUUUUUUGUUUCGACUCACACAGACACCUCAGCCACACAAUGCGAGUCUGGCUUGCUUGGCUGCAACAAGACAUUGUCAUCAACAACGUGGUGGUCCGAGGUCAACAUCGGGCCGGAAGACAAAUUUGAUCAGUACAUCGCCUCCCUUUACUGGGCGUUCACCACAAUGACCACGGUAGGCUAUGGUGAUCUGCAUCCAAGAAAUGACGGAGAAAGGGUAUAUGCAAUUGUUGCGAUGAUCUUCGGUGCCACGAUGUUCGGCUAUAUUAUCGGGUCUAUCGCUGCUCUGGCCGGACAGGAGCGCGGUAUGGAGGCGCUCACAAAGAAGCGCUUGUCGCUGGUCCGCCACUUCUGCGAAGAGCAGCGCAUCAGCCAGAACAAGGUUAAAGAAGUGAUGCGGCACUACCAGUUCUUCUACCAAGAGCGCUCUCCGUUCAAUGAAACGACUUUGAUGAUGGAUCUUCCGAACUGGCUUAGGAAGAAGGUGUCAGCGCACAUCCAUCGAGAGGCGAUCUCCCGAAUCGGACUUUUCGCAGGUCCACAACAAACUGGACUUGAAAGUGGCCCAUUGCCAGAUUGGUUCAUUUCUUGGGCGAUGCGGAUUCUUGAACCGCAGGCAGUUUGCGCUGGUGAGCUGGUCAUCAACGCAGAAGAAAGCUCCGUGGUGCAAGAGCUCUUCUUUGUUUUCGAUGGAGAGUGUGAGGCAUUCUACCAUCGCAGCGUCUGGAGACAAAGGCCAAACGGCGGCCAUUCGGAUACUGGAGGGAGUGCCGACAAUGGCCCCGAUCUCUCAGAGGUGCAGACGCAGGCUGCAAACAUGGCAGGCGUCAAGGUCAAGACGCUUCUGGUUUUCUCGCCCGGUUGCAUGUUCGGUCUGGAGCACAUCAUGUCGCAGAACCAGAGGCAUUCCGUCCGCUGCAGCAAAGCGGGACCAUGCUUGCUCUAUGUGCUCCGACAAUCGACGUUGACAGAGGUCCAAGUCUCCAGUCCGGAGAUGGUCCGUGCACUUCAGAAAGCCAUCGCGAAUCUCAUGGUGACACAGACGGGCAUCGGUCUUCUGCGCCGUUCGCCAGGACCUUCGACGCCAAACCGUCCAGAUCCGCUGAGAAGCGGCCAAAGGCACAAAGCAGCGCUCCGCAAGGCGCUGGGCGGAUCCCCUGGCCUCGCAGAGCCACCGUCUUGUGGACCCUGCCAAGGGCCUUCACUCUCACACUGCCGCUUGCGCAGACCAAGUUCCUGUCGGGCCAACUCAAGCGCCAGCAGUUACUUCGCAACCACGGAAUAUUGUGACAGCAUGCGACAGCACGCGACAGUAUGA